UUUUCAUUCUGUCAAGUACUGUCAAUAGGAGCGGUCACGCUUCGCAGUCUAACCAAGUACGUCUUGGAAAGAAAACAAAAAAAAAAUGUAAUUUUAAAACUAACAUGAAUAUUAUAAAUGUAGUUACCAGAUUCAGCUUACACGCAUUAGCCUCAUGACCAUUUACUAACACUAAGCACUAACGAGGUACGACGUGCAAAUGGGGGAAGUUGUAAGCUUGUUUUCUGUGAUAAUAAUGAAAUUUAAAUCUAAAUUCAAUGAAAGUAAAAUAUAUUUCCAAUAUGAUCUUCCUUGGGAAAGACUCAAGAGUGUGAAGUGGAUGAAUGAACGUGCUACUUCCAAUAAGGCAUAUGUGCCUACCACGGUGGAGAAUGUAGCAAAUGUCUGUACCCACGCAUUAUGCGUGGCCCCGGCUUCGCUCGGAGCGCGGGAACUUCUCUCCCGCUCCGUGAAUGCGCCCCAGGCCAUCGCAGCUGUAGUGUACGGACUAGCACUGUGUCUUCUCUUCGCAGUAUCCACCACCUUCCAUUCAGUGUGCUGUUGCAAGUCUGAUACUAAAAUGAAACACUUCCUGCACCGAUGUGACCGCGCCAUGAUCUACAUAUUCAUCGCGAGCUCUUACUUCCCGUGGCUGACGGUGGGCACGCUCUCCUGUUGGAUGCUCAGGGAACUGCGCUGGGCUAUCUGGCUGCUGGCCGUACUGGGCAUCACGUACCAACAAAUAUUCCACGAGCGAUACAAGAUGUUGGAGCUGCUACUGUAUCUCGUGAUGGGACUGGGUCCCGCGGCGAUCAUAGUCACGUCAAAUCACCAGUUUCCCGCAAUGUGCGAUCUGAAGCUCGGCGGCAUUCUCUACCUCAUGGGCGUGUUCUUCUUCAAGUCUGACGGGCGGAUACCCUUCGCUCACGCCAUAUGGCACGUGUUCGUCGCCCUCGCAGCCACGGUACACUACCUAGCCAUCUUACGCCAUCUCUUCCCUGAGUUAAAAUCGCAAUGAAUACUGCACGUCCCCUUAGAACAGCGGUCGGGGUUUAAUUUUAAUUAUUACUCCAGAAUAUUUUUGUGUAAGUUGAUGUUUAUUACCUCAUGGCGAAGACCAAAAAAACGAAAUCGCUUCUUUUUAGUAUCUUUCAUAUUAUAGCCCCCAUGAUAAUUUUGAAAAGAAAAGAAUAACAAAAAAAUU